AUGGGUCGUGAGGAGAAAAAAAGAAGAGAAAUGAAGCGAUAGAAAAAGCUGUGUUCAGUUAGCUUUCACUUUAAAAUAUUAUACAAACAUCAAAUAGUUUUGUAAUACGAAAUACUACUAUUACUAGUAUGAACUAGUUAAACAGUUUAUCGAGGCAAGGCCACCAACAACGAACGAACGAACGAAUAAACAAACAAAGAAGAAGACAAAAGAAGGGAACAGGGUGGCGCUGAUGCCAUAGACAGGAAGUGGGAAAGCGUAGAGCCAUCAUGAAGGUGGUGCGAUCUAUGGUGACGGUUGCCAAAAUUUCGCUGUUCUUCUUGAAUAUAUAUGUCCUAGCUGUUGUGCUUGUAGUAGUUCUAGGUCAGUGGAGAAUUUUUCAGAGUCACGACUCUGCUAAGACAUACGACAAUUCUCAUCUGAUAAUUAUGAGGGAGUUGAAAGAGGAAGAUAAUUUUAAACCAGUUGUCGACCAGAAGAACCCACAUCCAGUAUUCCAAAACGAUAAAGAUUCGUACAAUCCGGACAUAUUUGAAGAAGAGAUCAGCCAAAGAGUGAAAACCAUGAAGUAUUGGUGUGACAAAAUUCACCCGAAGACUUCCGACCUUUCCGUGAAGUCUCCCGACAAACUAUACCACAUUCUGGUCGAUGACAAACACAAGAUGCUCUACUGUCAAAUACCGGAAGUUGCGCAGACAGACUGGCUCAGAAUCUUGCUAUUCAUUUCCGGGAAAGUAAACGUCAAAAAUCAUUUAGCUAUCUCAGCCCAGGAUGUACAUUCGAAAUACGCAAAACAUUUAAAAAGACUGAGUGAAUUUUCGCCAAAAGAACGAAAGAAAAAGAUUCAAAAUUAUUUUAAAUUUCUUUUUGUGAGAGAACCCCUCGAAAGACUUGUGUCCACCUAUCAACACAAGUUUGCUGCUAAGUAUAGCAAAUAUUUUCAUCAAAUGUUUGGAAAAAAAAUUAUAAAAAUGUAUCGGAAAAAACCGUCCAAAGAAUCCCUUCAGAAAGGAAAUGACGUCACGUUUUCGGAGUUUAUUCAGUUCUUGGUAGAUUCCGACCAUCUGACAGAAGCACCGCUGAACGAACACUGGCAACAGUACUACAGACUAUGUCACCCAUGUCUUAUGCAGUAUGACUUCAUCGGGAAGUUCGAAACACUUAACCAAGACAUUUCUUACGUUCUAAAGAAGACGUCGGUAUUGAAAAAAAUUAAUGGAAAACUGAGUUCAUCGAAUUCUAACACCGACAAAACACUACAUACAUUUUACAAAACAGUGUCAACGUCGAACCUUAGGCGGUUGUGGAAGAUCUUUUACCCUGAUUACAGUUUGUUUAGUUACCAGUACCCCACGGUCGUAGAAAAGUUGCUCAAAAGUGCGAAAAUAUACGAGGAUUACUGAUACAGGUUUUAUACAUGUGUGUGAAUAUUUUGUACUUUUCUACUAAUUGAACACCUGUUCAUUCUGUCUUAUUUCUUCCCACUCUUUGAACACCUCGUAUCUUUCAACUUAUUUUGUUGUCCACAUCCACAUCCCAGUCCUUGCCUCUCUAAAAUUAGGCUCAGUUUACAUGCAAUUAUCGACUUAUACUCUGGGAUUCACUUAAAGGGACUGUCCUGAGUUUGCAGCCAUUGUAAGAUGUUUGCAAUAACAGAGACUUGUUGGCGACUACUAUUUUAUACUAAAUACAUUUUCUUGUUUGGAAUACCAGUGUCUG